GCUUUAUAUGUAGGCAACUGUCCGGGCAGGGCUUAGUUAGUAUUGAGCGCAACAGCUACGGGGUUGCAGUCCAACGCGGAUAACUUAAACAGCAAUAAACAUUCGGGAUUUUACAAUGUACUCCAAGACCUUAGGCCUAAGCUUGGCAUUACUCGUCUUAUGCAGUGCCAUAACGCCACAUCAGGCCUGGGAAAUACCCGAUGUGGUGAGGAAGCAGAUGAAAAAAUUGCAUGCGCGCUGCAUGACCGCAACUGGCGUCUCCGAAGAACUAGUGAGCCAGGCGCAUAAGGGUGUUUUGCCAAACGAUCAGACCUUUAAAUGCUUUCUGCACUGCAUGUUUGAAAUGGUUGGAUUGAUCGACAGUGACAACGUUAUGCACUUGGAAUCUCUGGUAGAUGUCUUGCCAGUGGAAAUACAUUCCAAAAUUUUGAAUUUAGCAGAUUCCUGUGGCACGAAAAAGGGUGUUGAUGGCUGUGACACCGUAUAUCAAUCGGUACAAUGCUACAUCGAAACGGAUGGACCUUUCAUUAAAGCCGCUGUUGAUGACUUGCUCGGUUAAUAUGUAAAACUUACUUGAACAAUUCACGAUCUAUAAUUCCCAGCAGCAGCAGACAGCGUAAAAUGCGCAGCGC